GUCGGGGCUGUAACAUGGCGAAAUCGAGGUUGUUGUAAGAUGGUGUUUAAAUUCUGAUUUUAACCACAUGCAUCUCUUGAUCAACGCACCGUGGAAGAUCACAUAAUAUAAAUGUAAUGGUCAGGGAACAACUGAGUCUCAUUUGUGCCUGGAAAAUGAAAGUUCUUGUAAAUUAAACAUUUAAAUCGUCUGUUUUUGGACUCGAAGUGUAUCAGUGUCAAAGAAAUCAACUUUGUUUUAGGCUGUAAAACUUUGUUGUACACAGACUGGGUAUCAUUUUCGUUAAUGCUUGCAAAUCGUAUUUCAUCAAUUUGGGGAUAUUUUAAUUUACAAAAUAGUGGCUAAACAUGGAAACUGGUUUAGAUCAGCUCUUUUUCAUCGACAAAACGCCCAAACUUGAUGCAAAUGAGUCGGCGUGUAUUCAUGAUUCUGCUGAAGAAAAGGAUGAAGGACGAAUACGAAAAAGAUCCAAUUCAGUUAAGAAGAAAUCUGACAUUGUAUUAGGGCUAGAUGACGAAGAAGCCGAGCUAGAAAGACUUGUUUUGGGGGGAAGGCCGGAUAAUCUUUUUUUGGAUGACGAUAAUCAGCAAAUAUCUACUAAAGAAGUUUUGCAUGUUGAAUCGGAUGACCAACAAAGCGAUGAUCAAUUGGAACCCUUGGAAACGGAUUCUAGUUCAAAACUAUUAGCAAAGAAGAGAAAACCAGCAUGGGUUGAUGAAGAUGACAAUGAUGUUAGCAUUGAUAUCAAACGCGAAAAAAGGUUAAGGAAGUUGAGAAAGACAGUACAAGAUUCAAAAAUUGAUGGCAAAGAUUAUGAGAAACGUCUAAGGUCCCAGUAUGAAAAACUAGUUGGUUGUCCUGAGUGGGCAAAAGCGACUGACAAGAAAAUUGAUAGUGAUGAUGAAGAUGAAUUCUUUAGAAGCACUAGAACUUACCUUGGUAGAUCAGAAAAUCUACCACAAACAACUAUAUCAAUAAGAAAAGUGAAGGAUGCAAAUGCUGCUAAGCACAGUACUGCUUCAUUGAAAUGUUUAGAGUUUCACCCAUCUUCAAAAGUUGUGCUAACAGCUGGGUUGAACAAGACUCUCAGUUUAUUCCAGGUUGAUUGUGAAACCAACCCUUGCAUCCAGAGUGUAUUUGUGGAUAGAUUUCCAGUUUACACUGCACAUUUCACUCCAGAUGGUCAGAAAAUAUUAAUUUCUUCAAAGCAAAGACAUUUUUAUGUGUUUGAUAUGUUUUCUGCUGAGAUAAAGAAAAUACCUGGAAUAAAGGGCACUAAAGACAAAAGUUUAGAGAAGUUUGUUGUGUCCCCUGAUGGUUCUUGUGUUGCAUUUCUGGCCAGUAGUGGAUACAUACAUCUUGUUUCUUUAAAAACUCUCCAGCUCAUAUGCUCGAUGAAAAUGAAUGGGAGUGUGCUGUGUGCUGCUUUUUCAGCAGAUGGAUCAUACCUGUACACAUUUGGAGGAGACGGAGAAGUGUAUGUUUGGGACAUGCAGACUAAAAGGUGCAAACAUCGCUUUCGUGACGAAGGCUGCCUCGUAGGAACUUGCAUUGAUGCUUCCAAGGAUGGAAGAUAUAUUGCUUGCGGGUCAAGAAGUGGAGUUGUCAACAUCUACAAUGAAGACUGCCUCUCAAAUCGGAACCCAAAGCCAAUAAAGACAGUUAUGAAUUUAACGACGUCAAUAGACGAUAUGAAAUUUAAUCCGACAAGUGAAAUUCUCGCCAUCUCGUCAAGAGCGGUCAAGGAUUCGCUGAAGCUGCUUCACAUAUCAUCGUUAACUGUAUUUUCAAAUUGGCCAACGAGAAAGGGCACAUUAGGAUAUAUACAGUCGUUGGCAUUCUCGCCACAAAGUGGUUACCUGGCUAUUGGCAAUGAUGCAGGCAAGGCACUCCUCUUCAGGUUACUCCAUUAUCCUAAUGAAUAAUAAUUGAAGACAUAGCGGUUUUCAACAGAACGCGCAGGACAAAAGUACGACAUUGUGACAGCAAUGGCAGAAUUAUCUUUUCCCGUAACUUACGUUUAACAUUAUACAUUGUUAUAUUUAGACUGAAA